AUGGCAAUGGAGGAGGUCAGAGCUCUGCUUUAUCUGUGCCUGCUGUCGCAGGCUGUCGCUCUUCCACUGCCGCGGGUAGUAUAUGAGCAACCCUCGCCCGAUUUAUACUCUCGACCGCAGGCCUGGGAGCUAAGACCAGCCGGAAUAGAACCGUUCACGGCCGGUGACGCCGCGCCCGACGUGCAAGCCGCGUUCAUCCACUCCUACAUCCAGAGCCGGUUCGACCCAGAGCGCCCGUACAUCCAGAUGGUUGUUCCUCGUAUACAGACGGAUGAGUCCGUCAGCGAGGACAGGUUUAACCCUUUUCGCGUUCUUCCAACUAGGCCAACAGUUCCAUCACCCGAAACUCCGACACCUGCCAUGUGCAAGAACGAAUCUCUAAACGAGACUUCGAUCAACGGUACCAACGCCACCGCCUGCACCCCACCAACCAAAGAGAAGGAAGUCAAACCAGCAACAGCUCUGUUUAUGUUGGCCGACGGCACAACUCUUUACUCUGUAGGCAAGGAAGACGCGAAUGAGGAGUCGCUUCUGAACGGGGCAUACGAGCUGGCGUACGUGGCACAUAGACCAGUCGCACCCGCAGCCUCACCGUAUCCGGUAGCUCAGUACGUCGACUACAACCAAAUAAAUAAGGACAGAUUUUCAUUCUUCGGGAGCCCUGGGUAUUAUGAGCCGGUGUAUAUUUACAAGCCGGUCUACCCGGCUCGUUCACGCAGCUACGACGUGUAUUACUACCUGCCCCACGGUACCCAGAGCCGGCAACAGCAGACUAGCUCCAGCUCCGAAGCUCAGUCCGCGCCUGACAGGACCGAAAAAGAGGAAGAAAGAGGUGGAGGGGAAUCAAGCGAGGAGAUUGCAAGGACAGAGGUCUUGGCACGACACCCGGCGCCAAGCGCCGAAAAGGAAGAGGCCAGCGAAAUUGCCAUGGCAAACGCAGCGGGGGAGGCGGCAGACCAGGAGGCGCUGCAACAGGAGGCCUUGCUCAACGCUCUCAGUACCGAGAUAGAGACAGAGCUGCAGGGAGCCACGACAACAGUUGCCGAGUCGGCGCCAGGGGAAGACGAUCUGAUAACAAAGGCAGCAAAGGAGGAAUUAGCUCAACUGAUGGAUCACGACGACAGUAAUGAUUACUGGGAGAACGAACUGGAGAGGAUCAGCAACAAAGACCUAAUCAAUGCCGUGGAGGUAGUUCUCCAGCAACUGAAUAGCCGACUAGGUAAUAAGCAGUAGCCUUGCAUUCACAUAUAUACUAGGACAAUAAUGUACCCGUUGCAGCAAUGUUGCCUUACCCAUAACUCAUGAUUGUAAUCAUUGUUACUGUGUUACUGGGC